AUGUGCCACUUUCAGGUCUCCUCACACUGCUGGUGUGUUGAAUUUUUUGACAUAGGGUGCUGGCAGAUUACGGGCCUCCCAUAGCUGCUGCCAGGCCCCAAAUCUGCCAUGGGCCCCUAUAUAACCGCCUCCUCAUGCUGCUGCCAGGUCCACAGUCUCUCAUGGGUCCCUGUACGGCCUCCCAUUGCUGCUGUCUCCAUCGCCACACUCUGCCAUGUGCCACUUUCAGGUCUCCUCACACUCCUGCUGGUUUCCUAUUUUGCCAUAGGUUGCUGUAUGGCUCUCCCAUUGCUGCUGCCUCCCCGCGCCACACUGUGGCUCCAAACACUGGUUUUUGGCCCCGUGACUGGACCAAAUGAGUAAUGUGUGCGGUGAUUGAUCUCUAAAGAUCGACGGCACUCAUCUGCAUGUCAUACUG